AUGAAGAAAAACGGCUCCAAUCCGUUACUAUCCGAGGCCGCCUCUACUCCUCAAAGGACCCCGUUAUCAUCUCUCACCAUGUUCCUAAAACGAAAGGGCGCCGUACAACCUGCUGCAGCUGCCGAGCCUAUUUUCGAGCCUUCUACCGAGCCUGUCUCAUCCGCCUCCAAUCAGGACAAGGCGAAGGCCGGAGUGGGCGUUAAAGACAAGGCAAAAGCGUUUCGCGCUGCUGUAUUCCCCGUCGCUGUAAUUGAAACCGACGAGGAGGAAAACGAACCCUCCGACGACGGGACAGCACUAUCGAAUGUGACUAAACCGGAAAGCGUGGGUGAUUUUCUCUCCACAAGCACCCCCGAGGAUGCGAAGCAACCCCUGACCGUACCAGUCGCAGCACCAGUCGCACCAUUAGUCGCAGCAGAAGCACAGCCGACGAAAUCGACCCCAGCAGCAUGCGCGAAGCUUCCACCACCCAUCCCUUCUCCCGGCAAGCAGCCCGUCAGCCAGCCAGUCGACAUCAAGCAGCCGGCGACGGCCGUUCGUAACCGUCAGCAGAACCGUCCGAUCUUCCAGCGGCCGGUUCUGGACACGAUCCCGUCCGCACAGGAGCUGGAAAGCGGCGAGCCGCUAUUCUCGCUCUCCCUCACCAACAACCCAGUAACCUCCCCUCCGACUGUUACCACUCCCGGCGGUUCGUCUUUCUCCUCGUUCAUCCUCUCCCUCGUCACGCCACGUGGCAGCCAGAGACCCGCGUCGUCUGCUACCGCUUCGUCCCAAUCCGCCGCAUCGUCUGUAUACUCGCUUUCGGACUCCGAUGGGGAUUCGGAUUCUGACGAGGAGAGUGAGGGAGAUGGGGAGGAGGAGCGCGGGCGAGAGGAGGGUGGGGGAGGUGAAGGGGGAGAGGGUGAUGGGAGCUGGAGCAGGCUGGCGUCUGUUGGAAAAUCCUUGAGUUUUGAAGGGAGGAAGGCGGGGGUUCGGAGCGGUGGAGCUGGGUUCUGGAACCAGAAGAGGUGGCUGUCGUUCUCCCCUCGCUCCGCGUCCGCUGCUCGGGCGUGUGCGCAGGCUGUUGCUUCUGCGGACGGUGGUAAUGGUGAUGGUGAUGGUCGUGGCGCCAAGUGUGUCAAGUCCACGCCUUCCUCUUCGUACACGUCUCCUUCGAAGCGUCUCGUCACGAGCCCUGACGCAGCUUCGGAAUCCGGUUCGGCAAGCUCUGCUCCGGAUGGAGGCUCGGGAGGAGGUUCGGAUGCAGGUCCUGGAGGGAAAUUCGGUGGUGGUUUGGGAGCGGGCGGCAGGAUCAGAUCUGGAGCGAGGAUGGGGAUGCUAUCCAGAAGCAUGUCGGAACGACUGCCGCCACUCACUCCGCUGGCGACUGUGCUGGACUGCGACAUGCCGCUGACGUGGACUGCCAGCCUGGACCCGGAUUUAUGGGCAGUUCCGGAGCACGGGCCCCAUGGGGGUGGUGGAACGACGGGCGAGUGUAGCAGCUGUGAUCGCUGGAGAGGCGAGAAGACAUGGCCUCGGGAAAAGGACAAAGACGACAAGCUGGCAGCUCGCCGACCACGUAGCAUCGAGUUGCCGGCCAGGAAUGCAGCGGGUCCUGCUUCUGCCCCCGUGGCAGGGGAUGCUGCGGUGGCGUCGCCGCCAGCUGUCACGUCGCCAGCUGUCACGCCGCGAUUGCCCGAGCUGACGGAGGAGUCGUUUCUGCUGUCGGAGGCGACGCGUGCCGCGGUGUUCAAGCACCUGCCUGCCACAGUCAGCAGUCGCAAAUGGGUGCUGCUCUACAGCACGGUGAAGCACGGCAUAUCGCUCCUCACGCUCUACCGCAGGGCCUCCAUGCUUCCCGGCCCCUGCCUCCUGGUGGUAUCAGACAGUGCAGGCACAAUCUUCGGCGCAUUCUCCUCCCCCUCCGCGCUCAUCCCAUCAGACCGCCGCAAGUACCAGGGCAGCAACCACUGCUUCGUCUUCUCGGACAUCUCAGGCGCCCCCACGGUGCAUGCUGCGACGGGGCGCAAUCACUACUACGUGCUGCCCGCGCAUGACUGCCUCGCCUUCGGUGGCGGUGGGAGAUUCGCCCUGCGCCUGGAAGACGACCUGCUGUCUGGCUCCAGUGGCGAGUGUGACACCUUCGCCAGCCCAUGCCUGGCGGGGAAAGAGGACUUCUGCAUCAAACACGUCGAGCUGUGGGGGUUCGCCCAUUUAUCUCGCUACACGCCCGCCAGAGCAGCAUGGAAGGAGCCCGAAAUGCGCCACAGCUUCCACGCUUAG